UGCUGGAUUAGAGAAGGGUUAAAGCAUAUUCAGAGAGAAAGACAUUUAGGGUGGCGUUGCAGUAGUUGGACAAGCAGUUUGGAAACAUUGUAUUUGUGUGUAACUUACCUGGAUCUAGAUCUACCCAAAUCCAAAGGACUUCAUCCAAGACUACAAACAAAGAACUGGCUGUUAUAGAUUUUCUGUUUGGGUUCUUGCCCUCCUGCUUGGACUCUUUCGAACAUGGAGACUCAACAGUCCAAUGCAAUGAAGGAGGAUUCCAAGACCAAAGAAGAAGCAGAUGCUGCUGUGGAUGCAGAGCUAGCUAAAGCUAUAAUGGCUCGGUGUUUCCACCCUUCUGUGAUUGGCCCAGAGGCUUGGGAGGGAUAUGUCUUUUCCGAUCUGGAGAUCCGUAUCAAAGAGUCCACAGACCUCUAUGGAGCUGUACUCUGGCCCUCGGCGAUGGUGUUGUGCCAUUUCUUGGAGACCCACCGGGACAAACACAACCUGAUGGACAAAAAUGUGAUUGAACUAGGUGCUGGAACUGGGCUUGUCUCCAUCGUGUCCAGCCUGUUGGGUGCUAAGAUGACCUCAACUGACCUGCCGGAUGUUUUGGGAAACCUCCAGUACAAUGUUGUGCGCAACACCAAGGGCCGAUGCAAGUACAUCCCUCUGGUCACAGAGCUCAUCUGGGGUCCGGAGGUAGAGCAGCGUUUCCCGCGUGCCACACAUUCUUUCGAUUACAUCAUGGCAGCCGACGUGGUGUACUCCCAUCCUUACCUGGAGGAGCUGAUGGACACCUUUGACCACCUGUGCCAGGAAAACACACAGAUCUUGUGGGCCAUGCGUUUUCGUCUGGACCGAGAGAACAGCUUUGUUGAUCGCUUUCGGCAGCGCUUCGACAUGGAGGAGAUUUACAACCUCCCCAGUCUGAGUAUCAAACUGUACCGAGCCUGGAGGAAGGACAAGAGGACCAAGGACCAGAGAAAGGCUGCUGCCUGAAGUGUGUGUGUGUGUGUGUGUGUGUGUGUGUGUGUGUGUGUGUGUGUGUGUGUGUGUGUGUGUGUGUGUGUGUGUUUAUUCUGUAAUGUGUUUUCAUGGAUCUUGUGCAAAUGUCUAAAUGUCUCUUCUACAUUAAAUAUAAAGCAAUACUAUUUAAUAAC